CCGCGCAGCGUCUGGAAUUCUGGAUAAGACGGUCUGAAACCCCCUUCCUCUCCCCGUCCCGUUCGCCCACAUCCCCCACCUCCCCCAUCCCCAACGCUGCCAUGGCCUCGCUCCACCCCACGACAGCAAUGCUGGCCCAGCGCCAUUCCCCUGCCCCCUCUCUCAGCGCAUCGUCGCUCUCAUGGUCCGCCUCCAUCGCCGUCUCCCGCAUCCCGCCAGCCCCUGGCCUCGCGCUCCACCCACUAGUGAAUCCUCCCGCCUCCGGCAACCGCCAGAGCCCGGUGGUGUGUGCGGCGUGGACGCGGCGGUCGCGCGGGGAGGCGGAGCAGCGGCCCAACCGCAAGUCGUGGAAGCAGCGCACGGACAUGUACAUGCGCCCCUUCCUGCUCAAUGUUUUUUUCUCCAAGCGCUUCGUGCACGCAAAGGUCAUGCACAGGGGCACCAGCAAGGUCAUUGCCGUCGCCACCACCAACUCCAAGGACCUCCGGCUCACCCUCCCAUCUCUUGUCGACGACAACGCCUGCCGGACCAUAGGGAGGCUCAUCGCCGAGAGGUCCAUGGACGCCGACGUCUUUGCUAUGGCCUAUGAGCCCAAGAAGAACGAGAGGAUCGAGGGCAAGCUCGGGAUCGUGAUUGACACCAUUAAGGAGCACGGCAUCAUCUUCGUAUAGGCAGGUUUCAGGGUAGGAGUAGGGCUGUUAUGUUUUAGUUUCGACUCCUGUAGCCUGGAAACUGUUACCUUAUUGAGAUAAAAACAAAUACAAAAAGUAUCAAUCUAGAGGUCUUAGACCAAUGUUGCUGACAAUUGGUCUUGUCAGUUUGAAGUUUGAUGAAAUUGCAAAAGUUUGACACCACGCUAGUCUAAAGUAAUAAGAAACAAAAACUGUCAAAUCAACUGUAGAAAUUGCCAGUUGUGAUGCCAAUGCUAACAAAAACUUAAAAACAUGUCAGUUCAAUGAGGUUCACCGAGCCUCAAAUUUGAUAUCCUAAAUAACUACUGAUCAAAAUGUUAAGAAAAUAUACCUUGAGACAAAUCAUCGUCCUUGAUUACAUUAGUGAGAUAACUGUAAGUUUUUAUUUCGCUAUAUUUGUUACUGAUAGGUUUCAAACUUAGAGAGUACAAUAAAAUAAUAAAUACAUGUAGUUGGUGUUGCUAGGAAGUUGGAACUAGGCACUCAGUAAGAUAGCAUCCGUCCCUGGUUCAUGUGGUAGCUGAUGAAUGCUCUCCAGGAGUUGUAUUGUUCAUUGUCUUCAAAUAGUAACUGAAUGGUUCCACCAGAUGUAGAGAGAUUCAUUGCACAAUAGCUUUGUUUAUCUGUAGGAUACCUGAAUUCUUCUCCCUCCCCUUGUUCGUGGAAAAUUACAUCUGGAAAAUGUGGGUAAAUGGUAUGACAAUUUGUUGGAAAGAAACAACAAACAAUGCGUCAUAGUUCUGACAGCUCACCCAUCUUUAAUAUCCUCCUGCUCAGCAAAGUGGGGUUAGUUCUAGGUUUGUUCUUUCUUUAAGUGACUGUAUUUUCUAUCUUAUAGUUUAACUAUAUGAUUGUAUCAUCUAGAUCUUUUGAGUCUGUCAUUGUGCUAUGUUGGAACUUGGAAUGUUU